AUGGCUCAAAAAUCGGGUGGCUCGAAACAGUCAACCCUAGGGAAAUUUUUCGGCUCCAAUAGCAACCCAGCGCCAAAGAAACAAUCUACCCUUGCGUUUUCAUCAAAGUCAAGCAGUAGUAAGAAUGAUGAGACCAAGGAGAAAGACGAUGAGGUCGCGGAAGGGGCCCCUCAAACACCCCAGAAGCAAGUUGGCCGUGCGGAGAGCAAGCGUACUCCACCACCAAUUGAUGACGGGGAUGUAGAUGGGGAAAUAUUGUCUGGUGGUGAGAAAAGCGAGUCUGUUUCUCCUGUGACCAGGAGGCAAAAACGAAAGGAGGCUGUCGCAAUCAAAGGUGAUGAGGAGUCAGAUGAGCAACCCGUCACGAAGCGCCGGAGGAGAUCACCAAAAUCCAAUACCAAAGCCAAGAGCCCUGUCAACGGUGGUCGUAGUAAGGCGGCUGCUACCGGUGAACAAUCGCCAACUAAGAUCAAAUCGGAUGCUGAACCAGAGCAAUCCUCCGCCGAGGAGAAUUCAGCUUCGGAGAUUGAGGAAGAUGAUAUAGACGAUAAGCCGGCCAAGGUUCAGCAGAAGAAGAAGGCCGCAGCUAAACAACGGAAACAAGUCCAGAGCACUCUCACAUCCAAACCCAAAGACCUGUACCCGGAUUGGAAGGCCGGAGACCCCGUUCCCUACGCCGCGCUUUGCACCACCUUCUCACACAUCGAAAUGACCACAAAACGUCUUAUUAUAUUGUCACACUGCGCGCUUUUCUUGCGCCAAGUACUCCGUCUUACCCCGGAUGACUUACUUUCUACCGUCCAGUUGAUGAUAAAUAAGUUAGCAGCAGAUUAUGCUGGAAUUGAACUCGGAAUUGGUGAAUCUCUAAUCAUGAAAGCUAUUGGUGAAUCGACCGGACGCAGCCUUGCAGUCAUCAAAGCAGAUCAAAAUGAAAUCGGCGAUCUUGGUCUUGUUGCCGCAAAGAGUCGAUCAAAUCAGCCUACCAUGUUCAAGCCUAAAGCGCUGACUGUACGGGGUGUACACGAAGGGUUGUUGGCCAUUGCUAAGACGCAUGGUACCGGGUCUCAGGAGAAAAAGAUUGCAGGCAUUAAAAAACUGCUCUCUGCUGCCGAUGCUGACAAGGCAGGGAAGGGGUCAAAAACCAUUGAUAUUACCAAAAAUAGGGGUGGUGCUAGUGAAGCCAAAUUCAUUGUACGAUUUUUGGAAGGUAAACUUCGGCUUGGACUGGCUGAGAGGACUGUGCUUGUCGCUUUAGCCCAUGCAAUGGUAGCACACGAGGCUGAGAUGGACGGAGGGAAACCUCCAAGUACAGAUCAGCUUGCCAAGGGCGAAGACAUUCUUAAAACUGUCUAUAGGUAUGCUCCACUUCUGAACAUUUUUGGUGGUAUAUCUGAAUUAAUAUUGUGUGAUAGUGAACUUCCAUCAUAUGAAGUGAUCAUUCCGGCCAUGCUUAAACACGGAAUCUUCAAUUUGCCAGACAACUGCAAAUUGCAGCCUGGUGUUCCAUUGAAACCUAUGCUUGCUAAACCUACCAAAUCCAUUAGUGAAGUUCUUGACCGAUUCGAAGGGAAGCAUUUCACAUGCGAAUACAAGUAUGAUGGCGAGAGAGCACAGAUCCAUUACAUCUCUCGGGACACAAUCAAGGAAUACCCAGCGGCUUCUACAACACUUCAAAAAGACGGCGAGGGCCUUUGCGCUAUCUUUUCUCGCAACUCUGAAGACUUAUCCAAGAAAUACCCUGAUAUACUCGAAAAACUGGAGGCCUGGGUGAAGCCUGGCACCCAGAGUUUUGUUGUGGACUGUGAAACAGUUGCUUGGGACACUGUUAACAAAAAGGUCCUUCCCUUUCAACAACUCAUGACUAGGAAGCGAAAGGACGUGAAAUCGGAAGACAUCAAGGUUAAAGUCUGUGUUUUUGCAUUUGACUUGCUCUUCCUGAAUGGAGAGCCUACCGUUAAAAAGACGCUGAGGGAACGACGUGCCCUUUUACAUGAAGCGUUUGUGCCAGUUGAGGGAGAGUUUGCCUUUGCUCAGCACGGAAACACUAGCGAUUUGGAAGAAAUACAGACCAUGCUUGAUGAGAGCGUCAAAGCCUCCUGUGAAGGCCUCAUGGUGAAGAUGUUAGAUACAGAGGACAGUGGCUAUGAGCCAAGCAAGAGAAGUAGAAACUGGCUGAAGGUCAAGAAAGACUACCUUGCUGGCAUUGGUGAUUCCCUCGAUCUUGUCGUCUUGGGCGCAUAUUUCGGUCGUGGCAAACGUACAUCCGUGUAUGGUGCUUUCCUACUAGCUGCAUAUAAUCCCAAGACUCAGAACUACGAAACAAUCUGCAAUAUUGGCACAGGUUUCUCAGAAGCUUUGUUGGAGGAACUCCAUGAAACCCUCAGCCCGCUUGUUAUCGAUAAACCAAAGCCGUUUUACUCUCACUCAACAGUCCCCAAGGACCAGCCAGACGUCUGGUUUGAGCCCAAGUUCGUAUGGGAAGUCAAGGCUGCUGAUCUCACUCUCAGCCCCAGGUAUAGCGCUGCCAGUGAUGAAGUGAUGGGCAACACUGGUGGCUCCGCAGCUAAGGGUAUCUCAUUACGAUUCCCCCGAUACAUCAAGGCGAGAGACGACAAGAAGCCAGACCAAGCUACGACUACAAAAGCUGUUGCGGAGAUGUAUCGAAAACAGGAGAGCGUAGCAAUGGACAAGACCAAGGGGGCCGUGGAUGAUGAUUUUGAAUAUUGA